UGAGCUGAAACUCUGGCUGAGGGAAAGAGCAGACGACUGGACACCGACAAGGAACGGUCACAGUUUUACAGUCAAAUGGGUCCUGUUGGGGUUUUGGUGUUGAUCCUGUGCUGUAUUGAAGUAGGAGCUCAGGUAUCAGGGCCCUGCUCGCUUUCCGAUGAAGACAUGGAGGCCAAUGGUAUUAGAAUGGGCUUCUUCUUUUGGUAUAGAAGGUCCACAGUUAGACAUGGAGAAAGUGUUUCAUUUAGAUGCGUACAGGGAUAUGGAAUAUCUGAUUCAAGCCUGUUACGAGUAAAGUGCAAUAAUGGUGUUAUCCCAUACCCUAAGUGCACUAAAUUGGAAAGCUGUGGGCCCCCACCUGUAGUGCUAUACGGAGAAAUACUACAAGACCGAAUGAAGUCAUAUGAACACGGCUCGCUAUUGACAUAUAAAUGCCCCCUAUAUUAUAAACUGGAAGGAAACCAAAACAUUACAUGUAGAGAUGGAAAAUGGGAUGAUCCACCAGCCUGCAAAGAGCCGUGCAAGUUGUCUGAGGAAGACAUGGAAGCAAAUGGUAUCAGAAGAGGCCCCUUUUUCUGGUUUAGAGGGUCAAUAUUACAGCAUGGAGACAGUGUUUUGUUUAGAUGUGUACAUGGCUAUGAAAUAUCUCAAUUCAGACUGUUAACAGUAAAAUGCAAUAAUGGCGUAAUCCCUUACCCUAAGUGCACCAAGCUAGAGUGAUCGUCAUAAGGGAGAAAUCCACCAAUGUGCCCAUUUACUGGCAACUGUUCUACUUGCACCAACACGUAACUGGCAAGAAGAAAUAUAAAGAAGUGAAACAUCUAAUGGGUGUUUUGUGAUCCUUGAAAUUGAUCCUUGAAUAUUUUUACUUGCUGUUAUAUGUAAGAAUUCUAAUAAAUGUGCCUAUAAACCCAUCUACUUUCUGUUUUAAAUAAAUGAACUUUAAAAACA